AUGAAUGACCCAUUUUCCGACGAUGUACCCGCAGAUAGAGACGAAGAAAUGGAGGCGUUUGAUAUCUCACCAAUGGCUCUGUCGUUUGAGGCGGCCGGAAUCAUUGGAAUGUGCUCCACAAUUAUCAUUGGAAACGGUCUUCUGUCCGUGCUUAGUUUCCGAAAACCCAGCCAGUCUUAUACGGGGAAUAUCAGCCUUUUUUAUGUGGCUGUGACCGAUAUGUUUACCGCCAUAAUUACAAUGCCUUUGAUGGUUGCUUCACUGUUAGAACUUAAAUGGACAUAUGGCGACGUGCUUUGCAAGGCCACAGGAAUUUUAACACUGCUGUUUCUUUGCACGGGGUUGUUGAUUCUUUGCUUAGUCUCCCUGCACCGUUGUUGGGUCGUCUUCUGUUCAAAUGAGGAGUUAGAAUCAAUGGCGAGGAAGCAAACUUUCGUGUUUUUAGUCGUGGUGGUUCUGUCUGUAGCCAUUGCGUGCCUGGUGUUCCUGAUAGACUGGAAAAGAUUUCAAUCAAACCCAACAAGACUUCUCUGUCGGUUGGCCAACUCGCCGAAUUACAUUGCAUAUAGGAUGUAUUACUGUGUUUUCUCAUUGGUAGUGCCUCUGUUGAUAAUUAUUUUGUUGCUGAAUCGGAAACCACAAUUACAAACUGGAACAUAA